AUGAGAACAAGUUUUCUAUCUCCUGUUACGAAAAAGAGAUCCCAUAAUCCUAUGAAAAACCUGAUCAAAGAUGCCUUGUUUACAGUCGCUUUUAUGGUGAAUGAACACAAGCACUCGCCAGGUGACGCCAUCGAAUGGUACUAUCAGUAUCAGACAAUGUAUCUACGAUUGAUGGCAGAGAACCAAUUGACGAAAGAGACAACAACAGGAACAACAGCAACCGAAAAUCAAACAAGUUGUCCUGAUGAUAUCGUCACUAAGAAAAUUCAAAAUGGCCAACCAUUGACAGAAGUUAGCAGCAACCAGGUAACCGCGAGUAAUCGCGAUUACUUUUACUACUGUCCACGUUGCGGUAAUGCCUACACGAGACCGCACUCGUUAAAUAGACAUAUGAAAUUUGAGUGCGGUGUGGAGCCACAAUUUGAAUGUCCUAUUUGCCACAAGAAGUCCAAACACAAGCAUAAUUUGCUGUUACAUAUGAGAACUCAUCAAAAAUCUUAG